CCCGGUCCCCGCCCCUGUUUCCCACUCGCUUCCACCUCCGACCCGCCGGGGCUCGGAGAGGCGCCGCUCUCUGGUCCCCGGAGCCGCCCUGCAGCGGCCAUCUACCCCCUCCGCUCGCGGCCAACCCGUCACUCUUCGCACGGUGCGCUCCUCCGUCUGGGCCAUGGAUGGCGGGGGUCUGAUGAACUUCUUUCUUCUGGUAUUAUUAACGGAUCUUCUACCAUGAACAAUUCUACUUCUUCUACAGGUGUGUAUGCUAAUGGGAAUGACAACAAGAAAUUUAAAGGAGAUAGACCUCCCUGUUCACCUUCCCGUGUUCUCCAUCUUCGCAAAAUUCCAUGUGAUGUCACCGAAGCAGAGGUCAUAUCAUUAGGUCUACCAUUUGGCAAAGUAACUAAUCUUUUGAUGUUGAAAGGAAAAAGCCAGGCUUUCUUAGAAAUGGCUUCUGAGGAAGCUGCAGUUACUAUGGUGAAUUAUUACACUCCUGUUACUCCUCAACUUCGAAGCCAGCCAGUUUAUAUUCAGUAUUCCAAUCACAGAGAACUUAAGACUGACAAUCUGCCUAAUCAAGCUAGAGCCCAAGCUGCAUUGCAGGCUGUCAGUGCUGUCCAGUCAGGAAACCUGGCCCUUCCUGGAGCUCCUUCCAAUGAAGGCACAGUCCUACCUGGACAGAGCCCUGUGCUCCGAAUAAUAAUUGAAAACCUCUUUUAUCCCGUUACUCUGGAAGUUCUUCAUCAGAUAUUUUCUAAAUUUGGAACAGUCUUGAAGAUUAUCACCUUUACAAAGAAUAAUCAAUUUCAAGCCUUGCUUCAGUAUGCUGACCCAGUGAAUGCACAUUAUGCCAAAAUGGCUCUGGAUGGCCAGAAUAUAUAUAAUGCAUGCUGCACUCUGCGUAUUGACUUCUCCAAGCUCACCAGCCUUAAUGUGAAAUAUAAUAAUGACAAAAGCAGAGACUUCACUCGCUUAGAUCUUCCCACUGGUGAUGGCCAGCCAUCUCUUGAACCCCCUAUGGCUGCUGCUUUUGGUGCACCAGGUAUAAUCUCUUCACCAUAUGCAGGGGCUGCUGGAUUUGCCCCAGCCAUUGGAUUUCCUCAAGCUACAGGUCUAUCAGUCCCAGCUGUUCCUGGAGCUCUUGGUCCUCUCACCCUCACCUCCUCUGCUGUCACUGGAAGGAUGGCCAUUCCUGGAGCAAGUGGUAUACCAGGAAAUUCUGUUCUACUUGUCACCAAUCUCAAUCCUGAUCUUAUCACACCACAUGGGCUUUUUAUUCUAUUUGGAGUAUAUGGUGAUGUCCAUAGAGUGAAGAUCAUGUUUAAUAAGAAAGAAAAUGCCUUGGUUCAGAUGGCAGAUGCAAGUCAAGCUCAGCUAGCAAUGAACCAUUUAAGUGGUCAGAGACUUUAUGGAAAAGUGCUUCGUGCUACAUUGUCCAAACACCAGUCAGUUCAGCUUCCUCGAGAGGGACAAGAAGACCAAGGUCUGACUAAGGAUUUCAGCAAUAGCCCUUUGCAUCGCUUUAAAAAGCCUGGCUCUAAGAAUUUCCAGAAUAUCUUUCCACCAUCAGCCACUCUGCAUCUUUCCAACAUUCCACCUUCUGUUACAAUGGAUGAUUUGAAGAACCUUUUCACGGAAGCUGGAUGUUCAGUGAAGGCUUUUAAAUUCUUUCAGAAAGAUCGUAAAAUGGCGCUCAUUCAGUUGGCAUCUGUAGAAGAAGCAAUCCAGGCCCUCAUUGAGCUUCAUAAUCAUGAUCUUGGAGAAAAUCACCACCUCAGAGUUUCUUUCUCAAAAUCUACAAUCUGACUUUUCUGUGAAUUUUUCUCCUCUAAAACUGGACCAUAAUUUUAGUAAAACCUACAGACAUAGACUGAAGUAGCUCAAGACCAAUUUUGCCUCUUUCAAAAAAAAACUCUGAGUUUCAUAUUCAAGUAUAUUCAAAACAAAGGAUGGUCUCCCCCCCCCCCCCCAUUUUUCCCCUUCCAGUAUAUGAUCGAAGGUUUGUUAUUCCUUUGUACCAUGGUUUGUAUAAAAAUAACCUUCAGGAAAAAAUCAGGAAAAAUAUUUUUCAGUAAUUUAAUUCCCUAUGUUAAAUUAGAUUUCAAAAGAACAUGCUUUCUUUUAGUUUGGGUCCAGAUCAGCCUUAUAUAACAUCUCUAAACUCCUUUUGAGCUUUGAGAAAUUUAAACAUAUGGACUUUUAAAAUUACUUGAUGUAAGUAAUUUAAAUCACUUGCAACCAAGUUUUUAACUUUAUGAUUCAGAAGUUUGACCCCUGUAGGAAAUUCUGUUCACUUAUAAAUUAUGUCAAAUAUUUGCCAUAUAUUGAUGGUUAUACAUAUAAACACAUUGAAUUAUAUUGGAAGCAGACUUAUAAAUGUGCAUGUUUUCUUUCAAUGAUUUCUUUUUUUCCUACUGUAUGACACUCCUUUGAAUAUGCAUAUCUUACCUUUUUAAGACUAUCUGGAAAAAAUUGUUUCAGCUGUCCCCAGGGAAAUUAAGAAUAAUCCAACCAGGAUCUAUUAAUAAGUCAGAAUAAUUAAUAAUUUUAUUAGAAAAAUCAUGUUUUAAAUUUCAAAAUGAUACUGAUUUGUCAAGUAAUAUAAUAUGAUCUUGAAAAUUUUUUUAAAAAUAAUCCUACUUAUAAACUACUUUUUUAUAAUUGUUUUCAGGAAAAAAAAGUUUACAGUCUUAAGGAAAAUAUUCAGGUCUAUCAUAUGGUUUGACAGAUUUUUUAGAAGUUAUUUUUGGUAAGGUCUUCUUUUAGAAAAAAUUAAUCUCAAGGGUUUUUUGUACCACUAUAAUCUAUCUAAUACUUAUUCAGAAUUACUGUGUAUUUACUUAAUUUCUUCUUAUGUGCCUUAUUAUGUGCUUAAGAUAACAAUAGGUUAGAGUUUAAAUAUCUUGAAAACUAUAUUGUGGGCUUGGUGAGCAUUUUGUUUUUGCUUUCUCUGGUUUGGUAAGGAUUUUAAAGACUUUUUGUUGUUGUUAUUUUCAUUACAAUUUUAAGUGGUUUUCAAUAAGUAAUAGUUUUUAUUCAAAUCUUUGGUGCUUUGGUGCAGAGAUGGGGUGGGGAAGGGUGAAUGGUUUUGGGAAUAACUCAGUACACAUUUGUAGGCUUCUUUACAUUGUGACUCGUAGCAGUUAUUGCCAAUUAUCAUACACCAUUCUGGGGCUAUAUAAUGCAAUCUCAAGUUUCUGGAUCUUUUCUAAUCUUUAUUGCCCAUCAGAAUUUGUCUCAGGAUAACUUGGCUCUUUUCAGUACUCAAGUGAGAACUUGCUUUUCUUUGUUAAUGUAACUUGAUUUCUGAAUGCCCACAUAGUUGGAGUAUGAGAAAGCAAGUUAUUUCUCAUACUUUCCCUCUCUUUCUGGUUGAAUGUAAGAGUACAUUUUAAUGUUGCUUCAGUGAUUGUAUUAUGUAAAAUUGUUUCUUUUUAACAAGAAACUGCUUUAUUAUUCCUUCAAUGCUUGAUCAUAUUUUUUUUAAAAAGCAGAAUUAUUCAGAGGGAUUAAUUUCAUCCACCCAUUGACACUUUUCAUAAUUCUCAGAAUGGUUCAUCUUAACUUUUCAAAGAAUAUCUCAAAUCAUUUUGCUUUAUUCCAGCCAUUAAUUUGAACAUAGGUUGUUUUGGGGGUUUUUUUGUUUGUUUUUUUACAAAAAAAAAAAAAAAUAGAAGCUGAAAGAGAUUAUAGGUUGUAACUCAACACUGAGUAACAGUUAGUUGGUAAAAUAUAAAGGUCAUUAAUUUGAGACCUUUGAAAUGGCUGAAUAGAUAGGUAUACUAUCAUUUAUYUAUUGUGUUUUUUUCCCCACUUAUGAAAUACAUUUUUACUCUAAACACCCAAGUAGGAGAGGAAGGGAAACAAAUUGGAAAAUCUCCCAAAAUUUGUUUUUUUGUUUUUGUUUUUCCUUCUACACAAGCAACUUUCAGUGACAUGUUAAAUUGGAUUACUUUGUUUACUUUGGGAUGACUAUGUAAUUUAUUAAUUCAUAAUUCUCAUAACAUCCAGCAUUAAGUGUAGCAAGUAACUGAUAGCAGAAGGGAAAUAAUGGUGUUGAAUGUAAUUUUGAAGUGGGGGAUGGCCUUUAAAUCUGAGAGAGAACAUUUAAAUCCUUUUCAGGGAUUUAUGUAGAUAUGUGUGUGUGUGUUGUUUGUGUGUAUGUGUGUGUGUGUGUGUGUAUAGAUUCAUGUAUAU